AUGGGGAAAGCGGCCAACAAGGCAGGCAGACUAGGCCGGUUCCUGAAGGAGGCUUGGUCCAAGGAGCUGGUGCUGACAGUGUCCUUCGCCAUCAGAACUAUGGCUCUGCUCUUACCUCUGUUAAGCCCCUAUACCAAAUAUGCAACCAUGAUCAACCAAGCUACACCUUACAACUACCCUGUUCCUGUUCCUGUUCCAGAUGAUGGCAACAUGCCUGACAUCCACAACCACCUUCAGGAUCCUCAGGGUCCUCAGGGUCCUUCUCUCCAGUGGUUGAAGAAUCUGUGA